GACGCCUAUCGUGAAACGUACUCGACAAUGGUGGAAAGUUGUCAUUUCAGUUUGGACACGAUUGAAUCGUUGUGAUUUAUUUAUUGGGGCUAAACGGGAAAAAUGAACGGGCAAUGCGUGAUACCGGUGCCGAUGUAUUUUACAUAAUUUAUCAAACAGAGAUGAGGAUUAAGAACCGAUGAAAUAUUAGCUAGCAGUCAGAACAAGCAAGGAGAAUUGGAUACAGCACAUGACAAAAAUAAGAAUGAAUAAAGAAAUGCCGUUGAGCUUGGAGUGGAUGCCGCAGAGCACGUACAUGCACAAUUCCUUGGACCAUCUAUUGCCAGGAGAUCGAAAUCAGCGCAAUUUUGUGUUCAUAAAGCAGGAAUCAGAAUUUCUUGAAAAUACUUUGAACGUCACACCAUCUGUACAAAAUAUUGUACGUCUACAUGAAGUUUCAUCUAAGGAGAACAAGGAAGCCAAGCAACAAAAUGACUGUUCAGAUAUGCCAAUAACACCUGCUCAAACAGACUGUCAAAAUGAAUCUCCCAAAAUACUGACCGAGGUCCCCGGCAGAUUGUGUAGCAGAGGCUGCGUUGACGUGGUGGAGAUGCCGACGGACCCAACGUCCGGCUACAAGUACUUCUUCAUUUACGAAGAUCAGCAAUCCAAGUUCGUCGUACUGAAAGCUCUGCGCAGCGACACGGCGAAAGAGGUCGCCGCGAAAUUGUUAGACGUAUUGGCGAUCGUAGGGGCACCGCGGGUGCUACAGAGCGGCAAUGGACGUAAGUUUGCUGAACAAGUUGUACAUGAGCUACGCACUCUGUGGAACGAUUACCUCAUAUUGCACGGGGACACGCCUAAGUGUGAAGUUAGGCGCAGGGACUUUAAGAGCUCGCUCGAAUCCUGGGUGAGAGAACACCCGAGCAGGACGUGGCGCGAAGGACUGAACUUCGUGCAGAUCCUUCACAACACGACUUACUGCUGUAAGAACGGCAAAAUUCCGUGCGACUUGUUGUUCAGACGAAAUAUGCUCGACAGUUUUCACGACGUCGCCACAAAGACAGGUACGGAGAGUCUGUGGGCGGAGGAAGAGUGGAUCGAACGUUCGUCGAGCAGGGAAGACGAAGGUGCGAUCGCAACGACAGGAGACGCGCAGGACACGUCGGACGAUAUUAAUGUACGUGCAACGCAGGACGAGGAGAACGAGAACACGCAGAGCAGGCAGGAUCGAGACAAGGCUACGGGAAGCAACGACUUCAGCUUCGUCGGUGUCAAGAACGAGGCUCUCGCGAACAACACGCGAGCGACGCGCGCUGACGAGACAGACGCGAAGGACGAGUCGAGAGCCGUGGACGCUCAGUCUCUGAAAUGCAAGUAUUGCCAGAAGCAAUACAUGAAACUGGGUCAUCUGAAGAACCACAUGAGGACUCACAAAGCGGGGCGAGUGUUGCGAUGCAAGCAGUGCGGUAAAACGUUCAGCGUGCCGAGGCUGUACGACAAGCACGUGAAGCAGUCGCACGGGCAGGAUAAGUUAAACGAGGAAGACUGUGUCGUUCGUCGGAGCACCAGGAGCUACGUCAACGCGUCAACGCACCUGAGGAACGUGCGGGACGAGGAGAAGAAGGAGAUCCGAGCGUCGCGCGAGGCGGCCGACGCGGCUUCCGGCGAAGAUCGCGACGCGUCGGACGCCGUCGGGGACGGCAAGACCGUGAAGAACUCGGGCGGUCGGCGGAAGCUGCCCGCGGACAGCCGCGUCUCCAAGAUGCCGUGCACCCUGCAGUGCACCUACUGCAAGCAGAAGUUCAGCUUCCCGAGCGUGCUGGAGAGGCACAUGCGGUCGCACACGAACGAGCGGCCGUACGUGUGCGAGGUGUGCAACAAGAGCUUCAAGCAGCUCGGCCACCUGAGCCAGCACUCGCUCACGCACCACGACUACCGCUCCUUCCAAUGCACCGUCUGCGGCGUCAAGUUCGACUCCCUGGAGACGCUGAAGCAGCACACGCACUCGCACCGCGGCGACGCGCCGAAGAUGCGCGACGUCUACCGGCUGUUCGAGUGCGACUGCUGCAAGAAGGUCUUCACGACGAAGAGCGUGCUGGAGCGGCACAUAUUCACGCACACCCAGGAGCGGCAGUUCGACUGCAAGGUCUGCGGCAAGCGCUUCAAGCAGGCCGGCCACGUGAAGUCGCACAUGCUGGUGCACACCGGCGAGCGCCGCUUCCAAUGCACCGUCUGCUCCAAGCGCUUCAGCCUGUCGAACUCGCUGAAGAAGCACAUGUACGUGCACAACGGCGAGAAGCCCUACCAGUGCGACGUGUGCGGCGCCCGGUUCCUCGAGAAGCGCAACCUCAACGGGCACCUGCUCACGCACACCAACGAGCGGCCGUAUUGCUGCAAGAUCUGCGGCAAGCGUUACACCUUGGCGGACACGCUGCGCCGGCACGUGAGCGCCGCCCACGAGGACGGGCGCACCUACCAGUGCGAGAUCUGCGCCAAGAUGUUCAAACAGCUGGCCCACUUGUCGGUGCACAAGAAGGUGCACAACGACGAGCGGCCGUUCCAAUGCCACCUCUGCGAGAAGAACUUCAAGCACAAGAACGUACUGAAGUCGCACCUGGCGAUACACGCGAACGUACGGCCCUUCGAGUGCGACGUCUGCAAGGCCACCUUCGUGCGCAAGACCAAUCUGCAGACGCACAUCUCGUCCGCGCACAUGAACGAGCGACCCUACGCCUGCACCAUAUGCGGCAAGCGUUUCAAGCAGAUCAGCCACCUCAACGGCCACGUGGUCGUGCACAGCAACCUGAUGCCGUACAAAUGCGACUACUGCGACCGGCGCUGCAACCGGCUGGACAACCUGAAGAAGCACAUGCGCCUGCACACGAAGAACAAGGAGUGAGGAUGAGGAACGUGGGCGAAGCGCUUGGGAGUUAUGUAAACCGCGGUGUCGAGGAUUCUUAAGGUGGAUCCGGACCGGGCGAACGAACACGAGCGAGUUAAUGUUGAUUUAUACGAAGAGCGGUCCAAACCGUGCGAACAAACGAAGAAAGAAUGUGAACAAGUCCGAGAAAGUUAGUACGAGCGUUGCACUUGCGAUUAUAGUUUUGCUUCUUCUGCUUUGCGGAGCAUCCCUUUCAAUUAGUCCCGGUCUGCGACAGGUGUUUUGGCAGAUGUGCGUCUGCCUUGAGAAAUUGAUCAAUCACAGUCGAAUGCGAGGGGAAUAAUCGGUUGUGAUUGGUCAGCCUGUUAAGGUCUUCAUUAUUGUUGUCGCUAUUGUUGUCCUCCUUUGAUGACGUCGAUGCGAGAAAUCGUAUAUUAAAAUAUAUCGCGGUAUUCGUGCGGUUUCUCGCUUCUGAUGUCAUCAAAUGAGGACCGCCAAAGCGAGGAUACAGGAGCCUUAAACUCACUAUUGUAGACCAAGUCUAUCGUAUUAAUCCGUAAGUAGACGCGUGACUUUUUUGAGGAAUAAAACAACUACUGUUUAUAUACAAAUAUACAUUAAAUAUUUUUGCAUGCUACCCUUCAUGGAAAUAUUUUGCUGAAAGUACUAUGAAAUCGGUAAAGAAUAAGAUAAAAGUUAUUGACGAAUUACUAUAUAUAUAUAU